CCGCGAAAGCCAAGGCGCGGGCGCCGUACCAGCAGCCUCCAAGGCAGCCCGAGGCCGCGCCGCAGUCGAACGGCUCGAGGGCCGGCCGCUGCACGAGUGCCGGCAGCCCACGCCGCCCCGCGAGGGUAGAACAGCGCUGCCCCACCCGGGGCGAGGCGCCGCCUCCCGCCGCCGCGGACGCGAUCCUUCACGGCCUGGGAGCCGCCCCGCAGCAGUUGUCGACGCGGGCGCAGCCUCAGGGGACCCUUCAAAGCUUGAGCCGCGGGCGUGGCCGCAGGGCACCCGUCACCGCUCGUGCCCUCCGCACAAACGAUGAACAAGUACGAGGUCCUCGGCGUCGUCGGCGAGGGCGCCUACGGCAUCGUCCUCAAGUGCCGCAACAAGGAGAACGCCGAGACGGUGGCAAUAAAAAAGUUUAAAGAAAGCGAAGAUGAUGAAGAAAAUGUCCGGAAGACGACGUUGCGCGAGGUUAAAUUAUUAAGGAUGCUGCGGCACCCGAACAUCGUGUCGCUGAAGGAAGCCUUUCGGAGAAAAGGUAAACUCUACCUCGUCUUCGAGUUCGUUUCCAAGAACCUGUUGGAAGUGCUAGAAAAUGAAGUGGGCGGUGUGGGUUCCGAUGCGACCUGUAGAUAUAUGUUGCAAUUAGCGCAAGCCAUCGACUGCUGCCACUCCCACUCUGUGAUCCAUCGAGAUAUCAAGCCCGAGAACUUGCUGGUCGAUCCUCGCGGCAAGCAGCUCAAGCUGUGCGACUUUGGCUUCGCGAGGAGUUACGCACCGGGAGCGACGGACUUGAGCGACUACGUCGCCACAAGAUGGUACAGAGCCCCGGAACUGUUACUCGGAAGCACAGAUUAUGAUGCCACAGUAGACGUCUUCGCGAUGGGUUGCAUCAUGGGCGAAUUAGCGGACGGCCAGCCCCUGUUUCCCGGCGAAUCGGAGAUCGACCAACUCUACAUCAUCCAGCGCAUGCUCGGGCCGCUGACGCCGGCCCAGGACGCGUUGUUCUUGCGGAAUCCAAGGUUUGUGGGCCUCAAAUUUCCCGACAUGUCGCGGCCGGAGACGCUGCAGAAGAAGUACGUCGGCACUUUAUCUAAGAGGUCAUUGAGCUUCAUGCAGGCCUUAUUGCAGAUGGAGCCGCACCAGCGCUAUUCGUCCAGAGAGUGCCUCGAGCACCCGUAUUUCGAGGACAUCCGGCACGAGUACAUCAAGCAGCCCACGUCCAGAGCGGGCACGGCGGCGUCUCGCAGUCGAGUGGGCACGGCGCAAAGUAGCGUUGUGAGUGGCGCGCCGUCCGAGGACCUGCCUACGAUUAAGGCGCGGCCGCGGUCGCCGCAGGGCGAGCCGCCCUCAUUACCGCCGGCCCUGCCUUCGCGCCUGCCUCGCGCGACGAAGAAGCUGCCUCCGUCCUUCCAGAGGACGCAGAAGCCGAAACGGAAGCAGCAACGUCGAAGGCAGCAGCCGCAAGAACCCAGACGGCAGCAGCAGCCGCGGAAACGGAAACCGGCCCUGAAACCCGUGAACCAGGUGCCUCCGUUAGAAGAUGCGCCCUUGCCCGAGGAGGGGUCCUUGUAUGGACGGGCUCGAGCGCCGCCGCUGCGCGCCCGGAAGCCGCGCCGGUCGCGGGCGGAACGAGCGGCUUCGGAGCGGGAGCCGAAGCCCCUGACGCAGCCGCACCACGAGCCGCUCGCCGCGCGGUCGCCGGUUCCCAAUAGAGCCAAGGUGGCGACGCGCGAGCGCGACUUGCAGCGCGAGCGGGAAAGAAGACGGGAAAGGGAGAUCCGCGAGCUGCGCGAGUUCUCCUCCAAAUUACCGCUGCAAUUGCAGCAGAAGCUGCGCGACGCCGACGAGGGAAGUUAUGCUCGCACGGGCACGUCGCACGGGGGCCGCAAUAGAUUGCCCGACUGGGAGCGGUCCGACCCGUUUCCCGGUUCGCAGAAGCGCUGGUAGUAAGGUUGUUUACGCG